ACUUUACUUCGUUUGUUCCAAAGGCAAAGGCUCCUCCCACCCAAACUUUUUUCGGCUCUCACUAUUUCUACCUGGUUCUCUCGCUCCCGCUCCCGCUCCCUCUCCAUCUCUAAAACUUUCACAUGGAACUCGAUUUCAAAGAAUACCAAUUGCGCUGCGAACUCAGAGGCCACGAAGACGACGCUCGUGGAAUUUGUGUGUGUGGCAAUGCGGGCAUAGCCACGUCGUCUCGGGACCGAACCGUGCGUUUCUGGUCCCUGGAUCCGUCGGACCAGCGCAAGUACGCGCCCUCGAAGAUUCUGUUGGGCCACACGAGCUUCGUAGGCCCGCUGGUGUGGAUUUCUCCCAACGAGGAGUUCCCAGAGGGCGGUAUUGUGUCCGGCGGUAUGGACACACUUGUUCUGGUGUGGGACUUGAGUACUGGAGAGAAGGUGCAGACGCUGGAAGGUCACAAGUUGCAGGUGACCGCUGUUACGUUGGAUGACGGAGACAUCGUAUCAGCGUCAGUCGAUUGUACGUUAAGACGUUGGAGAAAGGGCCAAUCCAUAGAAUACUGGGAGGCUCAUAAGGCAGCAAUACAAGCAGUUGUAAAGCUGCCUUCAGGCGAGCUUGUUACAGGUUCAAGUGAUACAACUUUAAAACUUUGGAGAGGAAAGUCAUGCGUACACACUUUUGUUGGGCAUUCAGAUACCGUUCGAGGUUUGGCAGUGAUGUCCAGUUUGGGAAUCCUUUCUGCAUCACAUGAUGGUUCCAUAAGAUUGUGGGCAUUAAGUGGUGAAGUAUUAAUGGAGAUGGUUGGUCAUACUUCCAUUGUCUAUUCGGUUGAUUCACAUCUCUCUGGACUUGUUGUCAGUGGUAGUGAAGAUUGUUCUGCAAAGAUAUGGAAAGAUGGAGUUUGUGUUCAGAGCAUAGAGCAUCCUGGUUGCAUUUGGGAUGCCAAAUUCUUGGAUAAUGGAGACAUUGUAACUGCAUGUUCAGAUGGAGUCAUACGUAUUUGGACGAGUCAUCAGGAUAAGAUUGCUGAUUCUCUAGAACUCGAAUCCUAUGCUUCCCAAAUUUCCCAAUACAAGCGAAGCAGGAAGAGGGUCGGAGGAUUGAAACUGGAAGAUCUACCAGGGCUGGAGGCUUUACAGGUUCCAGGCACCAGUGAUGGGCAGACAAAAGUAAUCAGAGAGGGCGAUAAUGGUGUGGCAUAUGCGUGGAAUUUAAGAGAACAAAAGUGGGAUAAAAUUGGUGAAGUUGUUGAUGGACCGGAUGACAACAUGAAACGUCCUUUACUUGAUGGAAUUGAGUAUGACUAUGUAUUUGAUGUCGAUAUUGGAGAUGGCGAGCCUAUUCGUAAGUUGCCUUACAAUCGAUCAGAUAAUCCUUAUGCUACUGCUGAUAAGUGGCUUCUCAAAGAGAAUCUUCCUAUUGCCUAUCGGCAACAAAUCGUAGAGUUCAUACUCCAAAAUUCUGGACAAAAGAAUUUUAACCUGGAUUCAUCAUUUCGUGAUCCCUAUACUGGUUCUAAUGCUUAUAUACCUGGCGAACCCUCCAGCUUGUCUGCAGCAGUUCCAGCGAAACCUACUUUCAAGCACAUUCCUAAGAAAGGAAUGCUUGUUUUUGAUGUGGCUCAGUUUGAUGGGAUCCUCAAAAAGAUUACUGAGUUUAACAAUGCUCUACUCUCUGACCCGGAAAAACAGAAAUUAUCGUUGACAGAGCCUGAGCUUUCCAGAUUGGGUGCCAUUGUCAAGAUUUUGAAGGACACAUCACAUUAUCAUUGUAGCAAGUUUGCAGAUAUUGAUGUUGCUUUGUUGCUUAAACUGCUAAAUUCAUGGCCACUUGUAAUGAUUUUUCCAGUUAUUGAUAUUUUGAGGACGAGUGUCCUCCACCCAGAUUGGGCGAAUUUACUUCUCAAGCAUGUUGAAGCUGAAAAUGGUAUCCAAGUUAAAGAUGAGCACCAACCGUGUCUUAUUUCUGAAAAAUAUGUAGUUAUGGAAACGAUCAAGAAAGUCACGAAGGAUCCAGCUAUUCCUGCAAAUCUUUUAACAAGCAUCCGUGCAGUUACUAAUCUAUUCAAGAAUCCAUGCUACUACAAUUGGUUACAUAAAAAUUGUAGUGAGAUUCUUGAUGCUUUUUCAAGUUGUUAUUCAUCUCCAAAUAAGAAUUUGCAGUUGUCUUACUCUACCUUGAUACUCAAUUAUUCUGUGCUGUUAAUUGAAAGGAAGGAUGAACAAGGUCAAUCUCAAGUUCUUUCAGCAGCUCUUGAGAUUGCAGAAGAGGAAAAUGUAGAUAUUGAUUCAAAGUUCCGUGCUUUAGUUGCCAUUGGAUCACUGAUGCUUGAGGGUCUUGUGAGAAGAAUUGCCUUGGAAUUGGAUGUUGAGAGUAUUGCCAAAGCAGCAAAAGCUUCUAAAGAAGCCAAAAUUGCAGAAAUUGGAGCUGACAUUGAAGUGUUAACUAGAAAGAGUUGAAACUCUUAGAUGCUGGUUUGGUUACAUCAUCGGCUUGAAUUGAUACUUAAUAAAGAGAUGAACAUUCGAGAAGGUUGAUUAGACAGACUCCACAGAAUUACGAAGGUGAGAAACCGGGUUUCUGUUUUCCUGUCGUGUACAAGGAAAUACUGAAAUUGAUGUAGACUGCCGAGAAUGUGAUUGUCACGAGCUUUCAUUUUCUAUUUCAAGGAAUUUAACCGAAUCUAGCUCAGGCCCAUGGAGUUCAUCUUUGCUACAAAAUGGUGCGUCAUGCCUCUUUAAUUGUGUAGCUGGCCUCAGUUGUACCUACCUUAUGCGCAGACCGACCCUUGAUUGAAAUAAUAUAGCUUCAAAGAGAUGGGAGUUUCACAUUUCGGGAUAAUCUGUAGCUUUUGGUCUUCAUAUGCUUGCAUUCAUAGUGAGUAAAAUAUCAAAGUUAAAGUUUCCUUUUAA